ACUCGUCCGUCUCUCCCUCCUGACCUCCUCCCGGUUUUUGAGCUGCUGAACAACUUCUCCCGUGAAACCCGCUCAAAUAUAGCCAUACAGAUCCUGGCACACACAUGAGGCAUGGCAGCUCUCUUCGGGAAGAUCCAGAUCGGCAUUUAUGUGGAGAUCAAGCGCAGUGAUGGCAGAAUACACCAGGCCAUGGUUACGUCACUGAAUGAGGACAAUGAAAGUGUGACGGUGGAGUGGAUUGAAAACGGAGACACAAAAGGCAAAGAGAUCGAUCUGGAAAGCAUAUUUGCACUAAAUCCAGAUAUUGCACCUGAAGAGGAAAUCCCACAAAGUCCUGAAACCCCUCCGCCACCCGUGUCGAGUGCCGUCAAAAUCAACAAGAUCCCCCAAAACAAGAAUCGCCGAACUGCAGCACCACCAAAAAAUGAAACUCCUGCAAGGGAUAAUCGAGUCUCUGUAGGUACGACUCGAGCGCGGCCGAGUCAACAGAUCGAACCUCCUCCACCAGCGCCCACUCCGCCUCCACCGAUACAACACCAAACCCUACAGCAGCAGCAGAACGCUCGCAGGAAGUCCAACUGUGUGAAGGAAGUGGAGAAGCUUCAGGAGAAGCGGGAGAGGAGACGAUUGCAGCAGCAGGAGCUGAGAGAGAAAAGAGCGCAGGAUGUCGAGGCCAUAACCCCUAAUUAUGAAAUAAUGUGCAUGAUCCGAGACUUCAGAGCGAGUUUGGACUACAGACCGCUGACCACUGAAGAUCUGAUUGAGGACCACAGGAUAUGCGUGUGUGUGCGGACACGUCCACUGAACAAGAAAGAGCUGACCAUGAAGGAUCUGGACGUCAUCACCAUCCCCAGUAAAGACGUGGUCAUGGUCCACGAGCCCAAGCAGAAAGUGGAUUUAACCAGAUACCUGGAGAACCAGACGUUUCGCUUCGAUUACGCUUUCGACGACACCUCGACAAACGAAAUGGUUUACAGGUUUACCGCCCGGCCGCUGGUGGAGACCAUAUUUGAGAGGGGAAUGGCGACCUGUUUUGCUUACGGUCAGACGGGCAGUGGGAAAACUCAUACCAUGGGAGGAGAUUUUUCUGGGAAGAACCAGGACUGCUCUAAAGGGAUCUACGCACUCGCUGCACGGGAUGUUUUUCUAAUGUUAAAAAAGCCAAAUUACAAGAAGUUGGAUCUUCAGGUGUACGCGACGUUCUUUGAAAUCUACAGCGGGAAGGUGUUUGACCUUCUGAACAGGAAGGCGAAGCUGCGUGUGCUUGAAGACGGGAAGCAGCAGGUUCAGGUGGUCGGCCUGCAGGAGCGAGAGGUCAAGUGCACCGAGGACGUGCUCAAACUCAUUGAGAUGGGCAACAGCUGCAGGACGUCUGGACAGACCUCGGCUAACGCUCAUUCGUCCCGCAGUCACGCCGUGUUUCAGAUUAUUCUCCGCAGGAGGGGCAAAAUGCACGGCAAAUUCUCUCUCAUCGACCUGGCGGGGAACGAGCGAGGGGCGGACACGUCGAGCGCUGACCGACAGACCCGUCUCGAGGGCGCAGAGAUCAACAAAAGUCUCCUGGCGCUGAAGGAAUGCAUCAGGGCUUUAGGUCGAAACAAACCACACACUCCGUUUAGAGCCAGUAAACUCACACAGGUCUUAAGAGAUUCCUUCAUCGGAGAGAACUCCAGAACAUGUAUGAUCGCUACAAUCUCUCCUGGAAUGGCAUCAUGUGAAAACACAUUAAACACUCUGAGAUACGCUAACAGAGUGAAGGAGUUUGGGAUCAGCCCAUCCGACAUUCCCUUCUCCCAGGGGGGGGGCGGGCGCUCCGAACUCUCUCCUACCUAUGAGUACGAUGACUUUGCUACCUCACCCAGCAGGGUGAAGGAGCUGAGCAUCGACCCCAGUGCAGUGCUGGAGGGCCGCUCCGUCGGCCAGCUGGACGUGCUGGAGGCGCAGUGGGGGGUGGGCAGCUCUCCUCAGAGAGACGACCUCAAGCUGCUCUGCGAACAGAACGAAGAGGAGGUGUCCCCUCAGCUCUUCACCUUCCACGAGGUGGUGUCUCAGCUGGUGGAGAUGGAGGAGCAGGUUCUGGAGGACCACCGCGCCGUGUUUCAGGAGUCCAUACGCUGGCUCGAGGAUGAGAAGGUUCUUCUGGAGAUGACGGAGGAAGUCGAUUAUGAUGUGGAGUCCUUCGCCACUCAGCUCGAACAGAUUCUGGAUCAGAAGAUUGACGUGUUAAUAGAGCUCAGAGAUAAAGUGAAGUCUUUCCGCUCUGCUCUUCAAGAGGAGGAACAGGCCAGUAAGCAGAUAAACCCCAAACGUCCUCGAGCGCUGUAGCUCUCGUCUCAGCAACGUCUCAAACAUCUGUAACCUGUACGUGACGUGACCGUUUUCUUCUCAGAAAAGCACAUUUUAAUUCUAGAAAUCAUUUCGGUUCUUACUAAAAUGAAUGAUGGUAGAGUUUAAGGCCAUGAGAGGGUGUAUGUGAGAUUCUCUGAGCUAAUGCAUGAACAAACCAGCUCUGCAUCUGUGUCAAGCCUGUAAAUAUUUCACUGAGUCAUUCAUGCUUUUCAGAUGUACUGUAUAUAUA